CACCAGCCAGGCUUUCAGCAAAUAAAUCACAGGGCUGUUCUAGGUGCAGUCGCAAUUCAGGCAAGAUGAAGAGCUUACGGAGGGACCUCUCUUCGAACCCACAGGCUCAAAAUGUCACCAGCAAAGUCUUCGUUCGGUCCACGAAAAGUGGAAAGGUGCAGAAGAUCGUCCGCGAGCUCUAUCUAAGACAGGACAUCCCGUGCUCAUCGAAGCUUUGCUCGGUCUGCCCGUCAGUCGCGCCAGCAGAUGCGAAUGGAAAUAUUUCGCCGUUCGUCCUGUCCGAACAACCCGCGGGCACCAAAGCUUUCCCGCGCGGCCAUUACCUCGUCCCCGACACGAAUGCGCUGCUGAAUGGAAUGGACCUCUUCGAACAUACUGGGGCUUUCUACGAUGUCGUUAUUCUACAGACCGUCCUUGAGGAGCUGCGAAACCAGUCUCUUCCCCUCUACAACCGCUUGCUUGCACUGAUCAAGACCGACGAGAAGCGCUUCUAUCUCUUCUUCAACGAGUUUCGCUUGGAGACCCAUAUCCGGCGUGGCCCCGACGAGUCGAUCAACGACAGAAAUGACCGAGCCGUGAGAGCUGUGGCGAAGUGGUACCAGGAACAUCUGCAGUCCACGGCCAAGAAGGGCAAGAAAGAGCGGUCGAUCCCGGCUAUUGUUGUCAUUACCGACGACAAGGAAAAUCUACGGAAGUCAAAGGAGGAGGGUAUCACAGCGCUGUCCUUGACGGAUUACGUUUCGGGCUUGGACGACUCCGACAGAUUGCUGGACAUGAUUAACGAAUCGAGAGAGGCGAGAGAAGCAAAGGGCGCACGCGGAGAGCUCUUCUACCCGGAAUAUUAUACUAUGUCGAAACUUCAGACGGGAAUCAGAGCGGGAACACUGCAUCAGGGUGUUUUCAACGUCUCGCCAUACAACUAUUUGGAGGGCUCGGUCAAUGUUCCGGCGUUCGACAAGCCCCUGCUGAUCCUUGGUCGCGACAACAGUAACCGAGCUAUCUCUGGAGAUGUGGUCGUGAUUGAGGUGCUGCCUAAGGACCAGUGGAAAACACCGUCGACGAAGCUCGUCGAUGAGGAAGCUGUAACCAAGAACGACAACCCGGACGCCGAGGACAACGAGGCUGUUGUCACCGACAGAGAACGGAGAGCUUUGCAGGAGGAGGUCAAGAAAGCCCACGGAAAGACUUCUGAGGGCAGGCCACAGCCGACGGCCAAGGUUGUCGGUGUGAUGAAGCGGAACUGGCGCCAAUACGUUGGUCAUGUUGAUUCAGGUUCAGCAGGCUCGCAGACCAGCUCAAGCCGUCGACAGCAAAAUGUCUUUGUUCUGCCCAUGGAUAAACGUGUGCCGAAGAUCAGACUUCGCACUAGGCAAGCUGCUGAUCUUAUGGGCCAGCGUAUCUUGGUUACUAUUGACGCCUGGGAUCGCGAUUCACGAUACCCUACCGGACACUUCAUCCGGUCAUUGGGAGAAUUGGAAACCAAGGGAGCUGAGACGGAGGCUUUGUUACUUGAGUAUGAUGUUCAGUACAAGCCCUUCCCCAAGGUUGUUUUGGACUGCCUUCCUGCAGAAGGCCAUGAUUGGAAAGUCCCUGCAAACAAAGAGGAUAUUGGCUGGAAGGGCCGGAGAGAUCUCAGAGAUCUCCUUAUCUGCAGUAUCGAUCCGCCUGGCUGUCAGGAUAUUGACGACGCUCUGCAUGCACGACCAUUGCCCAAUGGCAACUUCGAAGUCGGUGUUCACAUCGCCGAUGUCUCACAUUUCGUCAAGCCUAACAACGCGAUGGACCUUGAGGCUUCGCAGCGUGGAACAACAGUCUAUCUGGUUGACAAACGUAUUGACAUGUUGCCACACUUGCUCGGUACGGACCUUUGCUCCCUCAAGCCGUAUGUGGAGCGGUAUGCCUUCUCCGUCUUGUGGGAAAUGACCCCCAAUGCGGAGGUAGUUUCCGCGGAUUUCACCAAGUCUGUUAUCCGGUCUCGCGAAGCCUUUAGUUAUGAGAAGGCUCAGAAGCGGAUUGACGACCCGAAACAAACUGACGAGUUGACCGAGAGCAUGCGCACCCUACUGCGCUUCUCCAAGAUCCUCCGACAGAAGCGUAUGGACGCAGGUGCUCUGAACCUCGCCUCUCCUGAAGUCCGCAUCGAGGCGGACAACGACGAAGUUGGCGAUCCCCUUGCUGAUGUGAAGACCAAGGCCAUGCUCGAGACAAACAGCCUCGUUGAAGAGUUCAUGCUUCACGCCAACAUCACUGUCGCCACCAAGAUCUACAGCACCUUCUCCCAGACCGCCAUGCUCCGCCGCCACGCCACCCCUCCCCCGCAGAACUUUGAAGAACUUAUCAACCAGCUCGUCAAGAAGCGAGACAUGAGACUCGACGUCUCCAGCUCCCGGGCACUGGCCGACUCCCUUGACCGGUGCGUCGACGAGAAGAACCCCUUCUUCAACACCUUGGUCCGCAUCCUGGCCACGCGCUGCAUGACCUCGGCCGAGUACUUCUGCGCGGGUGCCCACGCGGAGUCAGAGUUCCGCCACUACGGUCUCGCCUCGCCAAUCUACACGCACUUCACAUCCCCGAUUCGCCGCUACGCUGAUCUGCUCGUCCACCGCCAACUAGCGUCAGCGAUCGGUUACGAAGGCGAGGACGGCCGCGCCGUCGUAGAGGGCGUCAUGACGCGCAACCGACUGGAGGACAUCUGCCGCAACAUCAACUACCGGCACCGUAACGCGCAAUUCGCGGGUCGUGCCAGCAUCGAGUACUACGUCGGCCAGGCGCUCAAGGCGCGCGGCGAGAAGAUGGCCGCCGACGGCGUCGACGGCGGCAUUGAGGAGGAAGGUUACGUGAUGCGCGUGUUCGAGAACGGCGUCGUCGUCUUCGUGCCCCGCUUCGGCAUCGAGGGCGUCGUUCGCCUCGAGGACUUUGUCCUGCCCCGCGACGCCGCCCUGCGCACCGUCGCCGAGCGCCGCGAGCUCGUCGUCCGCCGCCAGAGCGACUUCGACAGCGAGGAGUACACCCUCCGCGUCUCGGACAAGGGCCAGUCUGAUGCAGAGCAAGGCGUCACGGUUGAGCUGUUCCAGAAGGUCAAGGUCAAUGUCAGCUCCGUCAAGGAGGAAGGUGGUCGCGGUGCUGGGAAGCGCAGAGUCCGGAUCUUGAUUCUGGGCGCUUAGAGGAUAUACUUCACAAAGAGAAGACAAGAUAAAAAACAAAAAGUGUUAGUUUCCGUCCAUUUAUGACUUGGCACAAUUCAAGAAAGGAACUUGGGCGUCUAAAGGUGUCUUUCGUAGGAUGACUGUACGUUACUGUAUGGGUGUUGAUUGUGG